CAAUAAAAAAAUAGCUACUAGAAGAAGAAACAGCAACGAGAAGAAGAAAAAGAAGAAGUAGCGAAAAACAAUUCACAGAUCGAGAAUUCUAAACCGAAUGAGCUUGGGUGAAGUUCUUCUCUGUCGUGUAGCGUGAAUUAUUUUUCUGUUUUUUGUUUUCAGAAACCGAUAUUCGUGUGCGUUUUCCGAAACAAAAACUGUCUUAUAGGGGAAGGUGAAACCAGAACAAACUGGUUUAUUUUUCAUUUGGGUUUUCGUUAUGAUGUUAAAGUUUUGAAAUUUUACAAGAUUUAGAUUCUGGGUUGUUUUGCUAUUUUGGAACAAGAGAUGGAGUGUUGGAGUACGGUUGAUGGAGUGGUUGGAGAGAUAAUGAGGAUUCAUAGAUCUUUACCAGUAAGGCCAGGGAUUGAUGAAGUUGAAGCUGCAAAAAGUUUGAUUGUGAAUGUUGAGAAAGAUGAUGAAGCUAAGCUUGAAUCUAUAGCUAAACAAAGCAAAGGAAAAGAUGUACCUGAUGAGCUUUUCAUGAUUUUGCAAGAGAUGCAGAAGAAUUUGGUAUAUUUUCGAAGUAUGGAACAGAAGAGAGAAGCUUUGAAACUUGUUGAUCUUGAGAAUGUUCAUUCACUGUUUGAUGAAUUGAUUCAGAGAGCUUCUGAUUGUGUUUCUAAUCCAAAUGGUGCCACUACUACUUCUGGCUUUAGACAAAUUACUUACUCUAAUGGUUCUGCUUCCACUGUUUCAACAAGUUUAUCCAAGAAUUUAGGUUCUGGUUCUGGUUCUAUGGGUGGUUUUGAUAAGCAGGUACCUUCAGCUACUGUUUCUUCCACCUUGCUUCAUGUAGACAAAGAACCUUCUGCCAAGGGUUCUGAAUUAUUCACAAGAGAUGAUAGUUAUGUGAGCAAGACCAAGGCCACAUUCUACCCUAAUGGGUAUUCAAUUGAAGCAAAUAUCACAUCCAAACCCCAAAUAUUGGAUUCAUCAUUAAAAUCCACUACUACUGCAGGUCAAGAUGGUGAUAAGUUGAGUUUGAUUAAACUUGCUAGCAUAAUUGAGGUUUCGGCAAAGAAAGGAACUCGCGAUCUCAAGCUCCAGAACAAGUUAAUGGACCGAGUCGAUUGGCUACCUGAUUCGAUAGGAAAGUUAUCUAGUUUGGUCACCCUUGAUUUAUCAGAGAAUAGGAUUGUUGCUUUACCUUCCACAAUUGGUGGCCUUUCCUCACUGACCAAAUUGGACUUGCAUUCCAAUAGGAUCACAGAGAUUCCUGAUUCUGUUGGAAAUCUCCUAAGUCUUGUCUAUCUAAAUCUGAGGGGAAACCACUUAACAACCUUACCUGCUUCUUUGAGCCGAUUGCUACGCCUUGAAGAGCUUGAUUUGAGUUCAAAUCAAAUUUCAGUGCUUCCUGACUCUAUAGGGUCACUUGUUAACCUCAAAGUGUUGAAUGUGGAAACAAAUGAUGUAGAAGAAAUUCCACAUUCUAUUGGUAAUUGUUCUUCCCUUAGGGAGCUUCAUGCUGACUAUAAUAGGCUUAAAGCCCUGCCGGAAGCUGUAGGGAAGAUUGAGAGUUUGGAGAUUUUGUCCGUGCGGUACAAUAACGUCAAACAACUACCUACAACAAUGUCAUCUAUGAUAAACCUGAAGGAACUUGAUGUGAGUUUCAAUGAGCUUGAGUCCGUGCCUGAGAGCUUGUGUUUCGCCACCUCCCUUGUCAAGAUGAACAUAGGAAACAAUUUUGCUGACAUGAGAUACUUACCAAGAUCAAUCGGGAACCUUGAAAUGCUUGAGGAAUUGGAUAUCAGUAAUAAUCAGAUACGCGUUCUUCCUGACUCGUUUAGGAUGCUCACAAGACUACGCGUCUUGCGCGUGGAAGAAAAUCCUCUUGAGGUUCCACCUAGAGAAAUAGCUGAGAAAGGAGCACAGGCUGUUGUGCAGUACAUGGCUGAUCUUGUGGAGAAGAGGGAAAAGAAGGAAGCUAAACCACAGCCACCUAAGCAGAAAAAGAGUUGGGCUCAGAUCUGCUUCUUUUCAAGGUCUAACAAAAGAAAGCGUGAUGGAGUUGAUUAUGUGAAAGCUUGAUUUCCUUUAGUGACACCCCUAAGCAACUGAUUCCAUUAGUUCACCACAUGUGACAUGGUUAUAUUUCUUUAGAGGGAAUGAUAACAGAGAAGGGAAAGCAUAGCUGUUGAUGUUCUCCAUUUUCCUGUUUGGCAGAUAGAGACAACAAAGUAUCUUUGAGUCUAAGGUCAAUAUUAUUAUAAUAUAAUAUGUGAAGAUAAGGAUGGUGAGAGAAUGAAUUGACAGAAUUCCCUAUGACUUGGCGGCACAAAAUUGUAGAUUUCUUGUUCUAGUAUAUUUGCUGAUUUCUUUUUGAACUUUCCAUUCUAUUUCAUUUGUAUUUCUGUUUAGGAACAAGUGUACACAAUCCAACAGGAAAAUAGAGAUUAUGAAGAGAAACUGAAUGUGAUUAUGUACACUACACCAUGUUUAUGUCUGUAUGUAUAAUUGAAAUUUCCAUUGUUAAGUGAUUCAAAGUUAGUCAUUUCAUCUUACAAAAAGGUU